UCUUUCAUAAUCUGAAGUUAGUGUAGUUGAUUGUUUUGAUAGCAACCACGAAAUGUGAGGUUAUGUGAUAAAGAUGUAUAAUUAAAUCUCAUUCAUAUAGGAAUUAAGAAAGUAUAAGUAAAUUACGAUUGUUUUAACCGGAAUAACACACUCCACAGCCAUGGCACAUAAUUUUAGGAAUAGUUACGAAAAAACAUUUAAAGUAUUGGACAAUAGUGAAGCUAAACUGCAUCACGAGUUGAAUGGGAGCACUUCGAAACCCAUCCAUGUACAGCGAGUUGAAAGGGCGGUGCAAUUAAAUAAUUUUCUUAAAGAGGUCGAUUACCAGUUGGAUGAAAAUAGUAACAGCGACGAUUCAAUUGAUAUAUCUAACAAUUUUGAUAAUUUAUUGAGAGAGUCAGAAUCACAUUCGACCAAAGAUUAUUAUAACUUGAAACAUGUGUCACAAAGGAGGGCUUGGUUGGCUGAGGUGUUACAAGAAAAUGCUGAUAGCACCCCAGAAGAUGCACAAUAUAAACACAUAACUAAAUUACACACUUGGCAAAAACAAAUACGCAGUACAAAAGAUGUCGAUUUUAAACGUUAUAUUUAUUACGGAUCUGGUUUAUUAAGCGAAAUUGAUAGGUAUCCUGAAAUAGAAAAGUCACUCCCCGUUAAAAAUGUUAAAAAACGGCACGUUAAAGAAGAAACGUCAAAAUCGCCGCUGUACCCCCCUGAAAUCCUCGAAGACAUUUCAGAUGAGCCAUGUAUAGGUCUGUCGUUAGACAACGUCAUAGAUUUUCAAAAUCUCGAUGAAGACUCUAAUAUAAAUUCCGAUUUUGGUCAACCAGUUAGUCAAACUUCACAUCAAACGAAUACAUCACAUAGUUCAAAUAAGAAGAGAGUAAAGAAAUUUAAAGAUGAAGAAUCUCGGAAAAAGUGGGAGGACAUGAUGAAAGUAAAACGUAAAAAAGUAUUUACAAACAUGGCGAAAAAAGAAAUAGGAAAACAACACCGUUCUAAAUUAAACAAACACAAAGAAAUGUUGAUACAGUGUCGGCGGGUUGCACAACAGUGUCUUAAAUAUGGCAGACAGAAAGCUCUCCAAUCUGCACGUACAGUUAAAGAACAACAAUGGCGAAUGAAACGCUUAUCCCGUGAAAAUAUUGCAUACUGGAAACGCUCAAGACGAUUCGACAGAGAGGUGAAGAAACGCUUAGAAAAGGAAGCAGAAGAACAAAGAAAAAUAGACCACGAGUUAAUCGAAGCCAAACGCCAGCAACGCAAAUUGAACUUCCUUAUAACACAAACCGAACUUUACGCCCAUUUCAUGUCGCGAAAACUAGGAAAAGCAUCACCCGAAGAGCAAUUACGAAUUUUAAGUCAGUUAGACGAAGAGCGGAGUUCCCGAUUAUUGAAUAUUGACGACUACGAUAGCGAAUUGAUGAAAGAGAAAGCGAAAAGAAAUGCACAAGAGGCGUUUCAGAAUGAGAAAGCGAGAACUCGUCAUUUUGACAUUGAGGCAAAAUCCUCAGUCGACGUGAAUUCCAUUGACGGGGAGCAGCCCCAACCCAGUAUUUUUCAAGGGAAACUCAAGGGCUACCAGCUUAGAGGCAUGAACUGGUUGGCCAACUUAUAUGCUCAGGGAAUUAGUGGAAUCUUGGCCGAUGAAAUGGGUUUAGGAAAAACGGUGCAAAGUAUCGCGUUUUUGUGCCAUAUUGCGGAGAGAUACUCGGUUUGGGGACCAUUUCUUAUUAUAUCACCCGCGUCCACUUUACAUAACUGGCAACAGGAAAUUGCGAAAUUUGUGCCUAAUUUUAAAGUCGUCCCCUAUUGGGGAAACCCAAACGAAAGAAAAAUUUUGCGCCAGUUUUGGGAUCAAAAAGACAUCUAUACAAAAGAUGCUAGUUUUCAUAUAGUCAUCACUAGUUAUCAGAUUGUUAUCACAGAUAUUAAAUAUUUUAAUAGAAUUAAAUGGCAAUAUAUGAUUCUGGAUGAAGCUCAAGCGAUUAAAAGUACAAGUAGUAUGAGAUGGAAGACACUUUUAGGUUUUAGUUGUAGAAAUCGUCUUCUUUUAAGUGGCACACCUAUACAGAAUAGUAUGGCCGAACUCUGGGCCUUACUCCAUUUUAUUAUGCCAACACUUUUCGAUUCACAUGAGGAAUUUAACGAAUGGUUCUCAAAAGAUAUCGAGAGUCAUGCUGAAAACAAAACUGGAAUUGACGAAAAGCAUCUCUCACGUCUACAUAUGAUUUUAAAGCCAUUUAUGUUACGCCGGAUCAAAAAAGACGUCGAAAACGAGCUUUCCGAUAAAAUUGAAGUGAUGGUUUACUGUCCCCUCACCACGCGCCAGCAACUUCUAUACAUGGCUCUUAAACAAAAAAUUAAAAUUGAAGACUUGCUCCACUAUAGUGUUGGUGGUGGUGAUUCACACACAGUUGACAAAAACUUCACCUCUAACUUGAUGAAUUUAGUGAUGCAAUUUAGAAAGGUGUGUAACCAUCCGGAAUUAUUUGAAAGAAGAGAUGCCAAAUCGCCAAUUCAUAUAGCACCUUGUGUGUUUCGAAUCCCAUUUUUAAUUUAUGAUUUUAAUGUCACCGCUGCGUUAAUGAUGAAAUUGCAAAAAUAUUUUCUAUUUACGCCUGGAUACAUCGCAAAAGCGGUUACGAAUGAUUUUAAUGAUACGAUUUUUAGAAUAUAUCGAAUUUUAAAUUUAUCAUUUUAUGAAUUCUAUAUGAUUUUACAAGGUGAUGUAAAGACUAGGUGGACGCACUAUUUUAAUAGUGAAAAUGAAGAUGAAAUUUUGUAUCAUCGAUACUUUUGGAGUGAGGGUUUUGUACCCUCAAUUCGUAUGAGAUAUAUGUUUAGACUCACUAACGCUAAUAUAAAAACUAGUAGUAUUUUACCCGAGUUAAUAUUUACGCAAAAAAAUUCAGGAAGUCGCGUUUUUUACACACAUACUGAUCAGUAUUAUUAUUCCAUGCCAGAAACAGUUGAACAUAGAAAUAUUAGAUGUAAAAAUGCGCUAAAUAAUGAAGAAGAUACCAUUAUUGAUGUGGUAACUGACGAGUCUCCUCUCACUGAGGAAGUUAAAUUAGAAGGUGGUGAAGCUGGCACCUACAGAGAUGAAAAACCUCGCAUACAAAAACAUUCACUAACUGACUUACCUUCAUUUCUAUUCUGUACGAUGCCUAAGGUGACAAGUACCUUCCCCAAUUUGUAUUGUUAUUCACGAAGAGUAGCUUGGCUAAUCCGACGUCACAUUUAUGAAUUUAGUUAUAAUUCUCUUAAUCACUAUUGGUCACAAGCGACGGGACACAGGAACUGCAAAUCUGCGGAAACUUUAUAUCCUCAACCAUUAAAUGCUAUUGAUGUUCUCAGGCCCUUGAAAGGCUGGUCCUACAUCGCCAUUCCAGAUAAGGAAACACUAGUCACCGAUUCAGGAAAAUUGUCGGUGCUUGAUGGUCUUCUCAAACGUCUAAAAGAGGAAGGCCAUAGGGUUUUGAUUUACUCCCAAAUGACAAAAAUGAUCGAUUUGCUAGAAGAAUAUAUGUGGCACAGGCAUCAUAAAUACAUGCGUCUUGAUGGUUCUUCUAAAAUAUCAGAGAGACGUGAUAUGGUUGCAGAUUUUCAGGCCAGAACUGAUAUAUUUGUUUUCCUCCUCUCCACACGAGCUGGCGGUUUGGGAAUUAAUUUGACAGCUGCUGAUACCGUAAUAUUUUACGAUAGCGAUUGGAAUCCAACGGUAGAUCAACAAGCUAUGGACCGAGCUCACCGUCUCGGCCAAACUAAACAAGUCACUGUGUAUAGACUUAUUUGUAAAGGGUCAAUCGAAGAACGAAUCCUACAAAGGGCUAGAGAGAAAAGCGAAAUUCAAAAAUUAGUCAUUAGUGGAGGCAAUUUCAAACCCGACACUCUAAAGCCAAAAGAAGUCGUUUCUUUACUCUUGGAUGACGCUGAAUUGAUUCAUAGAUCUGAAAAGUUAAGAGUCGAUUUUAACAAAACGAAAGAUGAUGACAAGGAAUUGGAAAAAAAGAGAAAACACAUGCUCGCUUUUAAGACAAUUCCGGCCGUCCCCGAGCUGAAAAAAAGCAAGUCGGACAGCAGCCAAGAGACUUACAUAGAAGACUGGAGCAGUACUUUCGACAGUGGUCCAAGUAGUCCCCACAGUGUGAAUUCUCCGGACGUGCUAACUGACGAUAUGGCAGAAAGUGGCUAUGGCGAAGAAGACUCUCCAAUUACUAACAAAUACACUGUUUAUAACGUGUAUGGUUCAACGGUAAAGCCGCGGAUUCCGGGACGAGGAGGAUCGAGACGAGGACGACCUCGCGGUUCGCGAAGGAUGUCAAGCUUGGGACGAACAAAUAGCAACAUUUCAUCUACAAGUACCAACGGUGAAAAUGAGUAUUCUACAAACAACCAAUCAACUUUGACUUCGCCAACCUCGAGUAAUUAUUUAAACGUUCCUCUUGGAGUUAGUGGUAGUCAAUCGCCAAAUCUUGCGAUACGGAGAGGCCCCGGACGUCCUAGACUAAAACCAACAGGACCUCCAAAUACAGGAUCAAGAGGAACAUACAGACCUAGAAAACCUGCGAGACCUUUGCCAGUCCCACUGCCAUCUGACGGUUCAAAUGUCAGUUGUUCAACUUCUGGAACUAGUGCGACACCUUCUUACUCCACUUACCUAUACGAUCUUCCUGAUCAAGAUUCGUAGUUUUUUUAUUUUUUAUUUAUUAGACAACGUCUUUUUAACACAAUAGGUACAUAUAGUAAUUUUAUGACAUAAUUAAUUUUAAAUUAAAAUUUGGACUAAGUGAUCUAUUUAUGUUGUUAAUUUAAUAAAAACUUCACAAAUGA